AUGAAUGGUUCCCGGUUUCCGGCUGUAGACGUGGACAGAGAAUUACAUCCCGGCCAUAACCAGCACGUAGCGGUCGAUCCCAUUUCCUCUCAAGUUGCUGCAUCUGUGGAAGAUAAGGAGCAGGCGAAGAGGAAAGCAACUGUGGAAGAAGAAAGAAAGCAGGCGAAGAAGAAGGAUACAAUGCAGACAUUGAAGACGACGUUCAUCGUCUCCGGCGUCGUCGCCGCCGUGGCGGUGGCGGCCUUCGUCGUUGUUAAGAAAUUACGACAAAACUGAUUCUCUUCUCCCUCAACUUUGCUCCUCCCUGUGUUCU